CCUUGUCUUAGGAGAGCCAGAGACCUUUGUCUCUGACUGGUUUCCUUCCCAACUAGGGUUGCCCACCCUCCCGCCACAAUGGCCUCUGGGGUGGAAGUUCUGCGCUUCCAGCUGCCCGGCCACGAGGCUGCCACUCUGCGGAACAUGAACCAGCUCCGCGCAGAGGAGCGGUUCUGCGAUGUGACUAUUGUGGCCGACAGCCUCAAGUUCCGAGGUCACAAGGUCAUCCUGGCCGCCUGCUCCCCUUUCCUGCGGGACCAGUUCCUGCUGAACCCCAGCUCUGAGCUGCAGGUCUCCCUGAUGCACAGCGCGCGCAUAGUGGCCGACCUGCUGCUCUCCUGCUACACGGGCGCCCUGGAAUUCGCCGUCAGGGACAUCGUGAACUACCUGACGGCGGCCUCCUACCUGCAGAUGGAGCACGUGGUGGAGAAGUGCCGGAAUGCCCUCAGCCAGUUUAUCGAGCCCAAAAUAGGCCUCAAAGAGGAUGGGGUCAGCGACGCGGGCCUCGUGAGCAGUGUCGGCGCCACCAAGUCCCUCCUCCCUCCCGCCAGGACCCUGGGGUCGGGGGGCAGCCGGGUGCCCCUGCCGGGGGCCUUCUCCAGUGGCAACUCCCUGAAGAGCAUCAAGUGCACCAAGUGCCCGGAGGUGUUCCAGGGCGUGGAGAAGCUGGUCUUCCACAUGCGGGCGCAGCACUUCAUCUUCAUGUGCCCGCGCUGCGGCAAGCAGUUCAACCACAGCAGCAACCUCAACCGCCACAUGAACGUGCACCGCGGCGUCAAGUCGCACUCCUGCGGCAUCUGCGGCAAGUGCUUCACGCAGAAGUCCACGCUGCACGACCACCUCAACCUGCACUCGGGAGCCAGGCCCUACCGCUGCUCCUACUGCGACGUGCGCUUUGCUCACAAGCCCGCCAUUCGGCGGCACCUCAAGGAGCAGCACGGCAAGACCACCGCCGAGAACGUGCUGGAGGCCAGCGUGGCCGAGAUCAACGUGCUCAUCCGCUAGCGCCGGCCCCGCAGGACUGCGUCCCCGGGCUGGGCGGGAAGGGACCCCCUGCCCAGCAGAGGUGGGGGUCAGCGGUCAGGGGCAGGCAGGCAUGGUGGGGAGCCUGAGCAGACACACACACCCGGGGAGAGGGGCCAACAUUCCUUGGACGGAAGAUCCUGCCUCUUCAGGAAAAAGAAUGGGAGGGAGAGGGCCGGUCUCUGAGAAGGCCAAGGGAAUGCGGGGUCCCGAAGAAAGACUGCCUUCUCCUAGAGGUGCAUGGAUAUGCGGAGAGGGUCCUAUAGAAUGAGCAGGCAAAGGGACUGGAAAAUGUUUUAUUUCUGGCUAAACCUGCCCAGGGAGAGGUCUGA